AUGCUUUGCUAUGAAACAGCAGCAACAGUUGCAGCAUUCUUCUGCAUCAUCUAUUUCUUCCAUCGGAGAUUCCCUCUCCUCACUGACUACCCCAUCAUCGGAAGGCUACCGGAGGUACUCUGCAAUCUGUGGCGCAUCCAUGAUUUUACAGUUCAGGUGCUCAAAUCACGUGGGGCCACUACUCAGCUCACUGCACCUUGGUUUACCAAUAUCAACUAUUUGGUCACUACCGACCCUCUCAACGUGCAUCAUGUCUUGACCAAGAAUUUCAACAACUAUGUCAAAGGACCAGAAUGUCGUGAGAUUUUAGAGGCUUUCGGACAUGGGAUAUUUGCUGCUGAUGAAGAAGCAUGGAAAUACAACAGGGAUCUCUUCCAUUCCCUCUUUAAACACAGAAGCUUCGAGGAGUUUCUGGAGAAAACCAUUCGGAAGAAGGUGCAGAAUAGUCUACUUGUCGUGUUGGAUCAUGUGCAACAACAAGGGAGCGUGGUGGAUCUUCAAGAUGUCUUCAGUCGCUUCACUUUCGAUAACAUAUGUUCUAUAGUUCUUGGAUACGACCCUAAUUGCCUUUCCCUUGAUUUUCCACAAGUUGCAAUCGAGAAGGCUUUUCAUGAAAUAGAGGAGUCCGUUUUCUACAGAAAUAUAUUGCCAAAGAGUCUUUGGAAGCUGCAGAAAUGGCUUCAGAUUGGUAAAGAGAAGAAGAUGACAGAAGCAUGCAUAACAAUUGAUGAGUUCAUAUAUUCAUGCAUAGCGUCUAAGAAAGAAGAUCUAAGCAGGUACGAGGAAAACGAAACGGGAGAAACUUUUCAUGUUGAUUUGUUAACAACUUUGAUGAGAGAAGGAAAGGGAAAAGGAGAAGCACAUGAAGAUAUAUUUCUAAGGGAUGCUGUGUUCAAUCUUUUUGUGGCUGGGAGAGAUACCUUAACUUCAGCUCUCACAUGGUUCUUUUGGCUUGUUGCUACAAACCCUUUAGUGGAAGACAAGAUUGUUGAAGAGAUGAAUGAAAAGCUUGGAAGCAAUGAGAAGACAGUUUUAAGUGCAGAGGAGGUGAAAAAGCUGGUUUAUCUACACGGUGCUAUAUGUGAAUCAUUGAGGCUGUUUCCUCCCAUACCCUUCCAACGCAAGGAAGCACUUAAAGCUGACGUGCUUCCUAGUGGUCAUGGUGUUAAUCCCAACACAGUUAUACUUUUUUGUUUGUAUUCAAUGGGGAGAUAUGAGGAAAUAUGGGGAAAAGAUUGCAUGGAGUUCAAGCCAGAAAGAUGGAUAUCAGAAAAAGGAGGUAAUGUUUAUGUACCAUCUUACAAAUUCAUUGCUUUCAAUGCAGGACCAAGAACUUGCUUGGGGAAAAACUCGUCCUUUGUUCAAAUGAAGAUGGUGGCAACUGCAAUUUUGCACAAGUAUCAUGUCGAAGUGGUGGAAGGUUGUAUUGUUAAGCCAAACCUUUCAAUCGUUCUUCUGAUGAAGGAUGGUUUAAAGGUUAAGAUAAGAAAAAGAGAAACUUAA